UGUACUAUGGAGGAUAAUUACUCCCUGAGAAUUGUAACAAAUACUGCACUUUCUCGAAGAACUAACACACGAUAUACGGAAUUAAACAGCCAAGAUCCGGAGGAGGAUUGCCCAUUAGACGACGUGCCACUAAUCAUGUCAGAGGACGGCAUGGAUAGUGAAAACGAGAGCCUCACUAAGAAAGGAAAGCAGAAGCGUGGACCCUUAUGUGGACUAUGCUGUAGCAUAUACGACUCGUGUACAAAUUGUUGUCAGUCGUGUAAAGGACGUAUCUUCAAGGAGAAGGAGUUAAAACCACGCAAUGUUUGGCUCGGGCGUCAUGGGCCAGAAGAAGAACACUAUCCAGCCAACAAAAUCCGCAACCAGAAAUACAACAUCAUUACAUUUCUACCUCUUGUGUUGUACUACCAGUUCCGGCUUUUCCUCAAUCUGUACUUUCUUGUGAUGGCUAUAUCACAGUUCAUUCCUUCAUUGCGUAUUGGCUACCUGUAUACAUACUGGGCUCCUCUGGGUUUUGUUAUUUUUGUGACCAUGUGUAGAGAAGCCCUUGAUGACUUGAGACGUUUCCGUAGAGAUUAUGAGGUCAAUGGCCAGCAGUUCUUAAAACUAACAAGGGCCGGGCUUGUCAAAGUACCCAGUUCGGACAUUCAGGUAUCCGACCUGAUUGUUGUUGAAAAGGACCAACGUGUACCAGCAGACAUGGUGUUCUUGAGAACUACGGAGAAGAAUGGUUCUUGCUUUAUCAGAACAGACCAGUUAGACGGAGAGACAGACUGGAAACUAAGACUAGCUGUGAGUAGCUGCCAAAGACUAGGCAGAGAAGAGGAUCUACUUGAUCUGAAUGCAUAUGUGUAUGCAGAGAAACCUCAGAAAGAUAUCCACAGUUUCAUUGGAACCAUCAAUGUACCAUCACCGGAAGGCUCUAUGACCCAGGAUACACUGAGCAUUGAGAACACCAUCUGGGCUAAUACAGUGGUUGCAUCAGGACGUGCUCUUGGUGUAGUGAUUUACACAGGCCGUGAGACUAGAGCAGUAAUGAAUACAUCUUAUCCACACUCUAAGAUUGGAUUACUAGAUCUGGAGAUCAAUUCCCAAACCAAGGUCCUGUUUGUAGGAACUAUCAUCCUGGGUAUCCUCAUGAUCAGCUUAAAGGGAUUUGAUGGACCAUGGUACAUCUACUUCUUCAGAUAUGUGUUGCUGUUCUCCUCUAUCAUCCCUCUCAGUUUACGAGUCAACCUUGACAUGGGUAAAAUUGUGUAUUCCUUCUUGAUUCAACGUGACAAGGAGAUUCCCAAUACAGUUGUACGUACCACAACCAUACCAGAAGAACUGGGUCGUAUAUCCUACUUACUGACGGAUAAAACUGGCACACUCACUCAGAAUGAAAUGGUAUUCAAGAAGCUUCAUCUUGGUACGGUCUCCCUCGGCCAAGAUUCUACAGAUGAACUAAAAGCACACCUGUUGACAGCUUACUCGCAACCAACCAUACCUCCUACUACUACCCCAUCACGUAAGCCAGCCGUUAGACGAACAGUGGUCACUAAGGUGUUUGAGUCGGUGCGUGCUAUAGCUCUAUGUCACAACGUUACACCUACAUAUGAAGAGGGAGAGGUGGAUGCAGAUGAGACUGAGGUAGAUCAAGAUCAGGAAGCUAAAGUGGUCUAUCAAGCCUCUAGUCCUGAUGAGGUUGCUCUAGUGUCUUGGACUGAAGACAUGGGUCUUGCGUUAGUGAAACGAGAUUUGAACUCCAUGUCUCUACGCACUCCAACAGGAGAUAUCCAUAACUACACCAUCCUUCAGAUAUUCCCCUUCACCUCUGAGACUAAACGGAUGGGCAUCAUUUUAAGGGAAGAUAAAUCUGGACAGAUCUACUUCUUUAUGAAAGGUGCUGAUUCCGUCAUGAAUUCAAUUGUACAAUACAAUGACUGGCUGGAUGAAGAGUGUGGUAACAUGGCAAGGGAAGGAUUACGUACCUUGGUUGUUGGCAAGAAAGCACUCACUGAGGAUCAAUAUGCAGACUUUGAGCAUCGGUAUCAACAAGCCAAACUGACUAUCGUCGACAGAGCAGCAAAGGUAGCUGCUGUUGUAGAGAGUUUAGAGAGAGACUUGGAGCUGCUGUGUCUGACUGGUGUAGAAGAUAAACUACAACAAGAUGUUAGACCUACUCUGGAACUCCUUAAGAAUGCCGGUAUUAAGAUCUGGAUGUUAACCGGUGACAAGUUGGAAACAGCAACAUGUAUAGCAAAGAGUGCCAAGCUGGUAGCCCGUACCCAAGGUAUCCACAUCUUCAAGAAGGUGUGCAAUCGUUCUGAGGCUCAUCUUGAACUGAAUUCUUUCAGAAGGAAGUCUGAUUGUGCAUUGAUCAUUACAGGAGAGUCUCUAGAUGUGUGCUUGAAGUUUUAUGAGCAUGAGUUUAUUGAGUUAGCUUGUCAGUGCCCAGCAGUAGUUGUUUGUCGAUGCUCACCAACGCAGAAAGCUGAGAUUGUGGAGUUGUUGAAGACACAUACUGGCAAGAGAACAUGUGCAAUAGGUGAUGGUGGCAAUGAUGUGAGUAUGAUACAAACUGCUAAUGCUGGAGUGGGUCUUGAAGGAAAGGAGGGACGUCAAGCUUCACUAGCAGCAGACUUCUCCUUGACCCAGUUUCGUCAUGUUGGACGUCUGCUACUAGUCCAUGGCAGGAAUAGCUAUAAACGCUCUGGUGCCCUUAGUCACUUUGUCAUGCAUCGUGGUCUCAUCAUAUCGGUCAUGCAAGCCAUAUUCUCUUCUAUUUUCUACUUUUCAUCUGUUGCUCUUUAUCAGGGAGUGUUAACUGUUGGCUAUGUUACAGCAUACACAAUGUUCCCGGUAUUCCUAUUGGUUAUUGAUCAAGAUGUGACUGCAGAAACAGCUAUGAGAUACCCAGAGCUCUAUAAAGAUCUUAUCAAGGGUCGAGAGCUUUCCUACAAGAUGUUCUACCUCUGGGUUCUCAUCAGUAUCUUCCAAGGUGGUAUCAUCAUGUAUGGCGCCCUCUAUCUCUUUGAAGGAGACUUCAUUCAUAUUGUAGCCAUCUCCUUUACAUCGUUGGUUAUUACAGAGCUUCUGAUGGUAGCUUUGACAAUACGUACCUGGCAUUGGCUCAUGCUAGUAGCGGAGGUUCUGAGUAUGGCUGCUUACAUCAUCUCAUUGUUCGUCUUUGAUAGUUACUUUGAUCGAAACUUCAUCAAAACCUGGCCUUUCUGGUGGAAGGUAGUGAUCAUCACGCUCAUUAGUUGUGUACCUCUCUAUAUCUUGAAAUAUCUACGCAAGAAAUUCAGUCCAUCAACCUACUCUAAGCUGAUAGAAUGAUGUGUUGACAGUCAUGUUGCAGACAAACCUCAUUCAGUGGUCAGGGUACCUUAGGGUUGGUCAGGGUACCUUAGGGUUGGUCAGGGUACCUUAGGUGGUCAGGGUGUGGGCACAGUUUAUAUAUGAGCAAGUUACCACCUUGAUAUGGACUAUAGUUAGUGUUUAUGUAUUAUGAUUAUCAGGUAUUGACCCCUUGCACGUGUGUCACACGCGGUGACCGAUGCCAGGCUCACCAUGUUGGUG